AUGAUAAAAAUAUUUAUUAAUUCAACGUUAAUCCUGAUACCAUCAUUAUUUUUAUUUUCAUCUGAUACCACACCUAAUACCAAGAGACAUCGAUUUAUGAUAUUAUGGCCAUGGGAAGAAAAAAGAUUAAUUAGUAAAGCUGAUGAAUGUGUGGAAAUUGUAUUAGGUUCCGAAUCUAUUCUACCGGAUGAUGACCCUAGGAAACGUGAAGCAGAUUUAUUAGGACAAGAAAUUAUGGCACGUGCGGGAUAUGAUCCUGCUAAAGCUAUCGAAUUAUGGGAAUUAAUGAAUAAAUUUAAUUUAUUAAAAAUUGUAUUGAAAAAUUUUUAUUGA